UAUAUUAUUAUCACGACGGGCGCCGGGGAGACGAAUUUUGCGUUGUAUAGCUAUACACAAGCUUCGCACGCGCGCCUAACCUCAUCUGCGAGCGUUGUGUUGUGUGUGCUUUAUUAAAAGGACUGCUCUGACUGCUGUGUCGCCGAUUCACCGAAUCCCGAAUUUUGUGUACGAGAGCUUACGGAAGCGGGUGUGAAAAAAAAAAGAAAAAAUAGUGAUAAAUGCGCCUCGACGAGCGUCCCAUCGAUAGAUUGUUUUUCUCAUUGCGAUCGUAGGUAUGCUCGUUUGAAAGCCCGGAGAUACUGAGAGAAAAAGGGCAAAGACAGUAGACAUCCCCAGUAACGAACAAAAAAUGGUCGAUAAUGGCUUAUUCGGUUUUGCCUUUAUGGCUGUCAUGAUUGCUGUGUUCCACUCGUCGCUGCACAAAAUUGAGGAGGGCCACGUAGGGGUCUACUUCAGGGGUGGUGCACUGUUACCUUACGUCAGCAAUCCUGGGUUUCACAUGAUGGUACCUCUCAUAACAACAUUUCGCACUGUCCAAGUGACUCUGCAAACCGAUGAGGUAAAGAACGUUCCAUGUGGCACCAGUGGAGGUGUCAUGAUCUAUUUUGACCGCAUUGAGGUGGUAAAUAUCUUGGAUGCUAAUAGUGUAUACAAUAUGGUUAGAAAUUUUACUGCUGAUUAUGAUAGAUCUUUAAUUUUUGAUAAAGUUCAUCAUGAACUGAAUCAAUUCUGCUCUGUCCACACCCUACACGAGGUGUAUAUUGACUUAUUUGACCAAAUUGAUGAAAAUCUCAAGACUGCGCUGCAAAGAGACUUAAACGAAAUGGCCCCUGGGCUCAGUAUUUUAGCAGUGAGAGUUACCAAGCCUAAAAUUCCUGAAACUAUAAGAAAAAAUUAUGAGCUUAUGGAAGCUGAAAAAACAAAGCUACUAAUUUCAACUCAGCAUCAAAAAGUUGUCGAAAAAAAUGCAGAGACUGAUAGAAAAAAGGCAAUUAUUGAGGCAGAAAAAGAGUCACAAGUAGCUAAAAUUCAAUAUGAACAGAAGAUCAUGGAAAAAGAAUCAUUGCAGCGUAUGGCAUCAAUUGAAGAUGAAAUGCAUUUGGCCAGAGAGAGAAGCAAAGCUGAUGCAGACUUCUAUCAAUUAGAUAGGCAGGCGGAAGCCAACAAGUUGCUAUUAACUAAAGAGUACUUGGAACUAGAAAAAUACAAAGCAUUAUCAUCAAAUUCAAAAAUAUAUUAUGGACAAGAUAUUCCAAAAAUGUUUACUCUUGGAGGAUGCACUGAUGAGCUCAAGUCAAGUCAACUUCAAAAGACUGAUUAGAUUCAAUUUUCUUGUGUCAAUGUGAAUACUUGUACGUUUGAUAAAAAAAGUUUUAUUAGAUAGUUUAGUUAAACAUAAAAGUAUUCACUUUGAACAUAAUACAAUUAAAUUAUUUGAUUGGAAUAGUUUAAUUGUGUCACAAAAUGUGAUACUGUAUGUAAGUAAUUAGUAAUAAUGUAAAUUAACACUCCAACUUGGAACAAAGCUUCUGAAAUGUGUAAAAAUGUGUUUCAUCUGUUAAUAAUUGUUUUAUAAUUCAAUAAAUUAAUAAGCACAAACUAA